UCGCUGUAAUUCCACCAGAAACAGAAGGAUAUUCUGUCAGAACACUGAAAGCUGUGUCAGGAGGUGGCAAAGCCAUUUUUUACAUUGUCCCUCUUCAGGAAACAUUAGACACAUCUCCUCUACCUCCUGACUCACAGUACUUUUCAACAAUGCCAAAGAAGAUAUGUUACCAGUGUAAUGAAGUGAUGCCUCUGCAGAUGCUUGCAGUGCACAUCAAAACGUGCAAAGGAAAAUUGUUUUCUGAUGAGACUGAUGAUGCGGUGAGACGGAAUUGCUGAUUUUGAUGAAAAACAACAAAAUAUAUAGUAUCACAAUUACUGUUUUCUAAUUCUAAAGGAAUUCCAGUUAUGCAUUGUGAAAAGCAAAUUCAAGGUAAUUUGUCCAAUAUGCACCAAGGACUUUCCAGAAGAUGAGAUCACAGUCCAUGCUAGUCUGUGUGGGGAUAGCUAAUCUUUUUUCAACCAUUUAUGAGAAAUUGUUAAUCAGUUACAGUCCACGUAAACAUAUGUAGUUUUUUUUACUUUGUUUUGUCAACAGCUUUCAGUGCAUGGUGCCUGCAGCAAGUGACAAAACUCCAUCCACACCAGCUCAAACUUCAGUAUGCACAAUAGAAAGCAUGGAAGAUGUAUUGCGUUUCCUUGAACAACAAGUCGACACCACAACAGAAUUUAAGUUGUGUGUGGACAGAGAAGACCUUCCAGACAGAGGCAUUCUCCAGUGGCAGAGAAAAAAAGCUGCAUCUCCUACCAGUGUGCUUAGAGUCGUUUUCAUUGGAGAGGCAGGCGUGGAUACAGGAGCACUUAGGAAAGAGUUUUUGUGUGACAUGAUUUCAGGUAUUGAAAGCAGAUUCUUUGAUGGACCUGAGAACAAGGGCAAAAAUCCCAAGUAUUCUCUGACCAAUCUUGAUAAUGAAAACUUCAGAACUGUUGGUGAAAUAAUUGCAGUCAGCCUCGCCCAAGGUGGCCCAUCUCCUGCCUUUUUCCUCUGCUCAGGAGAGGUGGACUUCAGCUGUCUGUCUAAGGAGGAUGUUGCAGAUGUGGAAUCUUCCCUGCUCAUCAGCAAAGUUGAAGGUGCAGCAGAUACAGAGUCUCUGAUGAUGUGGGCUGAUGAAAUUGUCAGCUGUGGAUACACAAACCAGAUAAAGAUGGAUAGUAAGGAAAGCAUGAUCCGUGCUAUUGUCUUACAUUCUACAACAAGACUGAUUCCAAUGCUACAGCAGCUUAGAAAGGGCAUGGGACUGUAUGGUCUGGUGAGCCUGAUGGCUGCAAAUCCUGAAGCUUGUCACAGUUUGUUUGUUCCUGGGAACAUCCUCAAACCAGAUGCUGAUUAUAUGAUGAACUGCCAACCACAUUUCAGUGAAAAAGGAACAUCUAGGGAGAGAACUGAAAGGAAGAUUGUAAAUUUUCUGCAAGGUUUCUUACAAGAGAUUGAAAUAUCAGAUGGAAACACAGGCGGUGCAGGUGGUGAAAAACCAGUCUCUUGCUGUCUAGCAUGUGCUGCAGUGGAUGACCGGCCAAUCCCAUGUUCCCAUCCUUCCUGAUGAAAAAAGACAUUUCAAAAUAACAUGGAAGUUUGACCACGAAUGUAAGGAGCGGCUAGGAGAUCACUCCAUUUGUUACCCGGUUGUGAGUGCAUGCACUUGUACUGUGACUUUUCCAGUGCAGCAUCUGAACACUUUCACAGAGUUUAAAACCAUAUUGAGUGAAGCAGUUAGAUAUGGUGGUGGAUUCCACAGAGUUUAACACAUGGUUGUCCUGUAAUUUGGAAACUACGUAAAGAUUUUUAUAAACAUUAGCUGUUAAGAUGUUCGUAGCUGUUUCCUGAAUAUGCCAAAACUUAAGAACUGUUCUGUAGCACAAGGAUAAUCGUUUAACUCUAUCCAGAAAUAUAUGCAACAUGUCCUUCAUACAGGAUUCUCUGCAUGCAUUCAUUCUGAAAAGCUGAGAUUAGUUUUUUCAACUUUGCUGAAAUGCUGUAAUGUGAACACAGUGUGUCCAGGCGGCUCAAGACUUCAAGCUUAAACUAAGGUGAUCCAAUCCAGCAGUGCCCCAUAAACAGUGUUGGGGGUAA